AUGUAUGGGGACCUAGCACAUAAACUAAUACUGGAGGCGAAAAGAGCCCAAUCAUUGGACUUUCUGCCGACCUACCCUGAGGAUUACAUUCAAGGUAUCGUUAGAGAGACGCGCGAGCUGAACAAGGAAGCAGAUUACCUUUUGAUGACAGAAGAAGAUGGCAAUCGAGUAACUCAAUGCCAGUUGUUUGUAAUUCAGCUCUGCAUGAGACGCAAUAAGAGAUGUUUAAUGGCUCAUGCGAAACUACGGGCUGACAAGAUGGACCUAGUUGCCUGGGACGGAUCUGAAGCCACCAAGGCCAUGCUCGAUAACCUGUCCCACCAGGAGCAAGAGUAUUUCCGCAAAUACAACGAGCUUGCAUCUGAGUAUAAGGGUCUAUUUACUGACCUUGAUCUUGGUGGACCGUUGGAACCUCCAGAGGAUGUGUUCGUGGAUGUGAGAGUUUUGAAGGAUGCUGGAGAAGUCCAGACAGAGUAUGGUGUUUUCAAUCUCACGAAAGGCUCACAAUUCUUUGUGAGACAAGCUGAUGUUGAGAGGCUGAUUCAGCAGGGUUACGUGAAGAAGCUGUGA